AAGAAAGAAGAAAUUUUGGCGUCGGAAAAUAAAGUGUUUGUUAAUAAGAUUCAAUCGCGACGGCGAGUUGCGGUUUGCGUACUUUUCCAUGUUUGUUGCUGGGCUAAGUGUACGGAGAAGGGAGAAACAGCAGAUACAUUUGUUGAAGGACGUUUUGCAUUUUUAUUUAUGCGGAUUUUCGAGCGCUGGCGCUUAAUAUUUCCUGCACCAGUAAAACUCAAAGUGGUUGCAGCAGAUACUUUCGGUUGGACAUUGUAAAGAUACAUUUUGCAAUAAGUUUGUCGUAUUUUUUACAGUGAAGUUUCACGGUGUGAAACAUUUUCGUGCGUGAGAAUAAAAAAUCGUCAAACUGGAUAACACCAUGGGAAGUUCUGAUGACCGCGUUUACGCGGCAGAACGUAUAAUACAAAAACGCAUUAGAAAGGGUGUUCUGGAGUAUCGUGUAAAAUGGAAGGGUUGGAAUCAACGAUAUAAUACGUGGGAGCCAGAAGUGAACAUUCUCGAUCGACGUCUUAUAGAAAUUUACGAACAGAGCAACCGAUCAUCAAAUACUCCAUCAAAACGAGGUAGUAAACGCAAAGAAAAAGCGCAGGACCCCGAACCUGAAUCUGAGGAAGAUGAGUACACUUUCACCGGUGACGAUGUGGAUACAAAUCAAGCUUCCACCUCAGCCGCGGCAUCUGCAUUAACAAGCAGCAGUCAUCACCAUCAUUCUUAUCAUUAUGAAAAAGAGAAGGAAAAAGAAAAGAAACGGGAUCACAAUCAUCACCAUCAUCAUCACUCAGCGAAAUCUGAACGGAAUCGCUCUCGCUCACCACACACAGACUCGCAUCGAGAAAAUGGCGGACAUAAGCGUCAUACUUAUACCUCCACAUCGGCAUCGAUGUCUGCUGCAGUUGUGGCAGCCGCAGCUGCUUCUAAUUCUGCAUUGAAUUUCAUUCCUGAAGCUGAUUCAAAUUCAUCCAGUUCGGAGGACCAGCCGCUUAGCCGAAAAGAAGUAACCCCUAUGGGCACUAAACGCAAAGCAGAAGUGUUAAAGGAGUCGGGUAAAAUAGGAGUCACUAUAAAAACAUCACCCGAUGGUCCACCGCCGCCUAAACAACAUUGUGCGAAUGCUGUCAGUGUAGACACAGCCACCUCGAUAUCAACUCCGUUAAAAUCGGAAACUGAACCGCUUUCCCCAGAGACACCUGCUUCGCGACCAGAACAAGCCACACCCGCAGAGAAAAACGCAGCAUUGCAGCAUCAUUAUAAUGCUUCAGCAGCGGAUGAUGAUGAUUCAUCAUCACAAGCAGAUAGCCAAACGGAGAAUGUCAAUUCGGCAGCGCAAAGCAAGGCAACGGGUGACGACGGUACCUAUUCGCCAAAGCGCAACGGUCACACUACCGACGAGCAUCAGCGUCAAAGUGCGCUGGAGCCACUUUCACCGAAAGCGCUGCCACCUCGCUUUUGGUUGCCUAGCAAAUGUAAUAUAUCCGACAAAGUGGUGAUCACCGAUGUUACAGUAAAUUUAGAGACAGUGACUAUUCGCGAAUGCAAAACUGAACGUGGGUUCUUUAGAGAACGGGAAUUAAAAUCUGGUGGUACGAAAACUGAAUCUGACUCGGUAGCCUAAAAAAAAAAAUAAAAAUAAUAAGAAUCUAGAAUUUUAAAGGACUGCAUCGGUGUUGCGUGUUGCCAUCUACAAUCAACGCAACUAUUAUGUAUUAAUUACAUAUAAAAAUUUAUGACUUGCUAUUUUAUUCACUGAUUAUCUCAAAGUUGGUUGAAAAAGUUCUUGUAAAUAAUGUACCAUAGCUUCUAUUAGAAUAAAUAUACAUACAUAUACGAGUAAUACAUGUGCUUAUAUUUAUACUUACACCUCUACAUAUACAUAUAAUUGGAAAAUCUAUAAUUAAGGGAAAACCAAAAAUAUUGUGACAGUUUGUUUAAACAAAUCUUCGGGUGUAUAUUUAUGUAGAUCUAUGCAUCUUUUGAAAGUGAAUUAUGAAAAAAGCAACUGUAUGAUCCCUGAAGCUCAAGCCAAAUUCUUCUUUUUUAUUUUCUUUAAUCUUUUUUUAACCGACUUCUUAAAAGGAGAAGGUUACCAAUUCGUCGGAAUAUUUACCCCUAUUUUGAGUGUCGACUAGUAGUGAAUAAACGACUAUUAUUCGUUUAUCGCUUUUCCAUGGUAUUUUGAAUGUCGAUUUCCCGUUCAAUAAGCGUCUGUGAACUUUUUUUGGUCGUUCAUCCUUCUACAAGUAUUUGUUUGUAGAGGGAUUAGCGACACUCACUUAUUGAAAGAGAAAACGACAUUGAUUAAUAGUCGUUUAUCUAUUACUAGUCGACACUCGAAAUAGAGGUGAUUUUUAUAUUUAUUUUUAUUUUUUU